AUGUUCAGUAUGGGAAAAACUUGGAGAUGGAAAAAUUCUCCGGCUCAACCUGGUAAAGCUUAUCAUCCAACGACUGUGGAACAUUUAGCUAAUUGCAUAUCACAUGUUCCAUGUGUUCCACUUGGCGUUGCUGGUAUGAUUAAACUGUGUUCAAAGGCAGAUACAUAUUCUAAAUCAGUGGCGGCAAUCGUUUAUGGCCUUGCCAUCGUCUCACUCUUCUUUGCAUCCUCUGUCUUUCAUUUGUUCUCUUUGUUCUAUAUUAAUGGGCGUUUACGUUCUACACUUCAACUAUGUGACAGAAUUGUUAUAUGUUUGUUUAUAGCAGCCUCAUAUACUCCAUGGCUGUUAUUACGUGAUUUCCAUGCAUCAUGGGGUCUAACUACACUGUGGUCUGUAUGGAUUGCAGCAAUUUUCGGUGGUGCAUUCCAAUAUGUUUAUCUAGAUAGAUUUAAAUCUGUUGAACUGAUGAUCUAUUUAGCAAUUUCCAUUUGUCCAGCUUAUAGUUUCAUUUACAUGCAUGAACGAUCUGGUUUACCAUUAUUAUUUACUGGGGCAUUUGUUUAUUUAUCUGGUGUGAUAUUUUUCAAAUUAGAUGGUCAUAUCCCAUUGGCACAUGCAAUAUGGCAUUGUUGUGUAUUUAUUGCAACAUUUUUACAAUUCAAUGCUGUGGAUACAUUUUUAAUAACCAACUAGAUAAAUAAAGAAAAGAAAAAAAGUGAUAAAGGAAAAAAAAGAAGAAAAUCAAUAUUAUUGAUUUAUUUAUCUAUUUUUGUUGUUAUUUCAUUGAGCAUAAUAGUCAUAAUUUAUUCAAUAAUAUACAUGUACAUGUACAUAAACAGUAAAUGACUACUGAUAUUACUUACUUAAUUACUCCUGUUACCCUUCGUGGAGGAGCAUAGACCGUUCACCAGUAUUCUCCAUCCAACUCUGUUCAGUACAAUCCUUUCCAGUUCUUUCCAGUUUUUAUUCAU